ACCUCGUUUUCUAGCCCAACAAUCCAACAUCAUCGUGUUAUAGUAGCGUACGAUGCUUUGUAAGCCUCUACUAGAAAAAAGCAUACACAUAUAGAAAGAAAAAUAAAAAUGGUGAGUAUGACGAAAGAUGCAAGGAAGUGCUCACAUUGUGGGCACAAUGGACACAAUUCAAGAACAUGUAAUUCGAAAGGAGUUGGAGGGAUUAAAUUAUUUGGGGUUCGAAUUGACGAUAAUAAUAAUAAUAAUCACCAUGGUGAUGCAAAAAUGAAGAUGUUGAAGAUUGGCGAUCAUGAAUCUAUAAGGAGGAGCAAAAGUCUGGGCAAUCUAGAACUGGCUGUGAAUUAUGACAACAAUGGCGCUGUUGAAGCGGGAUAUCUCUCCGAUGGGUUCAUUCAUUCCCCUAGACAUAGAAAAAAAGGAACAUCAUGGACUGAGGAAGAACACCUAUCUUUCUUAAUUGGUUUAGAAAAACUUGGGAAAGGUGAUUGGAGGGGAAUAUCCAAACAUUACGUGCCUUCCCGAACUCCGAUGCAAGUUGCUAGCCAUGCUCAAAAAUAUUUUAUUAGAAUGGCCUCAAUUGAUAAAAAGAAACGUCGGCCUAGUGUUUUUGAUGUGCACUUAAAAGAUUCGAAUUCACAGAUUUCUUCUAAAGCUUCCACAUCUUCACCUUCAAUCUUAAACAAGAUUACUGAAUCGAAGGAGGCAAAUUUCCCAUUGGAGCAAUUGUUCGACACUUGCCAAAUUAAAAGACAGGCUAGCAAAAGUGUUCCUUGUGCAACCCGUGAAAGGCCCCCACUUUCACCGUCACCGAUUAGUAGACCUUUUGGAGUCCCUGACUUACGCCACAUGCCUUACAUGAUGGGAGUUCCUAGGAAUGUGCAAGGCGUCACAGCAGCAGCGAAAGUAGCACCAACAAUCUCAUGGAUUCCUGUUGUUAAUUUCCAUAAUCAAAGCCAUCAUCUCCAUCUGAGAAAUUUUUCUCAUCAAGGUCCUGCUUUUACACCCUUUGUGGCACGGCCUACAUCUAAUGGUGUAUUAAUGUCAAGGCCACCUCCUCAAGUACAAUCUCAAGCAAGCCAUACAACUCCAAUCACAAAUAAGGAUGGUGUUAACAUUAGUAUUGGAGCUCUUUGAUUUUCAAUUCAUUUUUUGAUAUAUGCCUUUUCUUUGAUAUCUAAUUCUUUACAUUAACUAGUUGGGCAAUUUUGGGUCAUUUUUCCGCCUAGCUACUUUUGUCUUUGCUUUAUUGUUUGUUUUGUGGAAAGAGAACGGAAUUUUGCAGCGAUUGAAUUAUUUCAAGUCAUGUCCGAGAUCUUCUUGAUGUUCAGUAACAUUUUCGUAUCAUAUGCCAAACAUGGUUUAUUAUCCUCCUCAA